AUGAGCGACGACGAAGAUUUCGUGGUCGAAGGGCCUGAGCUUGCCGAAGACGACCCCAUGCGGGCAUUCCUCCCAGCUGCAUUUGGCAAAAAAUCCAAAGAAGCCAACAUUGCCGCCCAGAUUGACCGAAGCCGAAGAGUUGCGGAGAAGCCGUCGGCGGGAGGCUCAAAGGAAGGAUAUGCAGGUCCGCCAACAACUGAUCAGAACGAGAAGAAAUCCGACUCAGACAAUGACAGUGACAGCGACUCCGACUCCGACUCGGACGAUUCGGAUGAUGGCGACGAAUACCCCGUCUCCCACGAACUGGUCCUGAAGACCCACGAAAGAGCGGUGACGACGGUUACGCUGGACCCGGCCGGCGGACGACUCGUGUCAGCCUCGCUCGACUGCAAGAUUAACCUACACGAUUUUGCGUCCAUGACACCGAGUACGCUUCGAGCUUUCCGAAGUGUCGACCCAUGGGAAACGAAGGCCUCUGCCGCAAGCGCUGAGUCGCACCCAAUUCACCACGUCGAGUUCAACCCCCUUUCCGGCAGCGUCUUUCUCUGCGUAUCGGCGCAUCCGCAAGCGAAGAUUAUGUCGAGGGACGGCGAUAUCUUGACCGAAUUUGUCAAGGGCGACAUGUAUCUUCGGGAUAUGAACAACACCAAGGGUCAUAUUUCCGAGGUCACGACGGGAACCUGGCAUCCUGCCGACAAGAACAUUUGCAUCACUGCCGGCACUGAUAGCACGCUGAGAAUCUGGGAUAUUAACAACAAGCGCAGCCAGAAGGACGUGAUUGUUUUCAAAUCCAAGGCGGCGGGAUCCGCGGGCCGUACACGAAUGACAGCGGUUGCGUGGGGCUCACCAGUGCAAGGAGGCAACAACGUGCUCGUCGCCGCAGCUCUGGAUGGCUCGUUGGUUAUGUACAGCGGCAACAGCCCCUUUUCGCGACCCACCGCCGAGAUUCGCGACGCCCAUAAGCCGGAUACCUGGACUGGAGGCCUUGACAUUUCCUCGGACGGCCGGAUGGUGGUUACUCGAGGAGGAGACAACACGAUCAAGCUGUGGGAUACGCGCAAAUUCAAAACACCUCUGGUUACGGUGGAUCACCCUUCGACGUCGGACCACUUCCCGAUGAGCAACAUCCGGUACUCGCCAAACUCGACGAGCAUUUUGACUGGAUCUGCGACGGGCGAACUGCACAUCCUGAACCCCGGAAACUUACGCCCCGAACAUGUCACGCCUAUUACGCCAGGAGCUCCCCUCAUCACGGUGAACUGGCACCCCAAGAUCAACCAAAUCGUCACGGGAUCGGCGAAUGGCGAGACCCAUAUCUUGUACAAUCCAACAAUGUCCACACGAGGCGCCGUCGAAGUUAUGUCACGAGCGCCGAAGAAGCGGCAUAUCGACGACGACCCAUCCCGCACAACGGACAUGUCGGUAGGAAUUUCGGGCGACUCUAUCGUCACCCCCGGCAGUGCGAUGGCGGGCAGGAGAACGGGAGGAGUGACGGCAUCUGGCAAGUCCAAGGACCCGAGACGACCAGCAGUGCUUCAGCAAACACCGUUUAUGAGGAACCAACCGGAUGAGAAGCACAUUGCGGAAAAUAUUCCCCUCGCCAAGAUGCUUCACGAAGAUCCUCGAGAGGCGCUGCUGAAAUACGCCGACGCUGCGCAAAAGGACCCGAUGUUUACUGCUGCUUGGAAGGAAACGCAGCCUGUUACCCAGUACGCCAAUUUGAGCGAUGAGGAAGAAGGACCAGACAAAAAGAAGGCGAAGAGGUGA